GUAAAUCUAGGGUUUUAAGUUUAUACUUAAACUAAGCAAGGUGUAACUAUAAUACAGGGAUAGUAAGUUCUGAUUCUUCCAGAUCCUGGGGUGUGGACACAGGAACACGUCAAGCAGUGGGUCGAGUGGGCAAUUAAAGAAUACUGCCUCAUCGACGUGGACGUCUCUCGCUUCCACAACAUUGAUGGGAAAGAACUCUGUAAACUCAACAAAGAAGAUUUCAUGCGCAUGACCUCGGAAUACAACACCGACAUUCUACUGUCUCACCUCAAUUACCUCAGACAAAGUAGCCCAACCUUCUCCUAUCCGCCUACUCCAACAAUCACACAACAGCAGCCGCGGGUUCAUGUUAAGACUGAAAAUACUUAUGAGGAGAUCAGAAGGUCCAGUUGGGUGGCGCCUAUAAAUUCUGUCCAGAAAGGAUCUCCAACACAGAUUCAUCCCACCAGCAGGGUGACUGAACCCCCUCCUCGCAUAGUCCCAGAUCCCUACCAAGUUCUUGGACCAACCAUCAGUCGCUUAGCGAACCCAGCAACCGUAGAUGAUGCUAGUUUCUCAUUUGGUCUGGACUACUCACAUGACCCACGCACACUCCUCCACAUACACAGGAGAGAAGGCUCGGGCCAGAUCCAGCUGUGGCAGUUCCUCCUGGAGCUGCUCACUGACAGCGGCAAUGCCAGCUGCAUCAUGUGGGAGGGGACCAAUGGAGAGUUCAAGAUGACUGACCCGGACGAAGUGGCAAGACGGUGGGGGGAGAGGAAGAGCAAACCCAACAUGAAUUAUGACAAGCUGAGCCGCGCCCUGCGCUACUACUACGACAAGAACAUCAUGACCAAGGUGCACGGCAAGCGCUACGCCUACAAGUUCGACUUCCAGGGCAUCUCGCAGGCGCAUCAGAGCCACAGCAGUGACCAAAGCGUCCUCAAAUACCAGCCUGAGGUGCAGUACGUGCAGCCGUACCACAACCACCAACAGAAAAUGAACUUCAUGGGGUCCCACGGCUCCUCUAUGCCUGUCACCUCAGGGAGCUUUUUCGGGUCUCCUUCCCCCUAUUGGAACUCGACUACAGGAUCCAUCUACCCCAAUCCUGGGGUUCCCAGACACCCAGGCACUCAUGUCUCCUCUCAUCUGGGCCCCUUUUACUGAACAUCCCGCAGACAGACUCUCAACCAGGGACUGCUACUGGGUAGGAAGGGCUCAUACAUUUAGGGUGCCUUUGACAAGUGCAGAAUGCUGUUCUGGGUCCAAAUACUGAGCACAGCAAAACCAACUGAACUAUUACAUGUGCUGUUAUGUUACUGAACAGCAUAAAUGGACUGGAUAACCAAGUACUGUGCACAGUAUGUAUGUAGAUAGACUUCUAAUCCUAUGAACUGCAAAUUGUCAGAGGACACCUCCUGUUACUGUACUUAAGGACAAUCAUUCUGGAUUUUUUUCAUGUAAGCAUAGCGUAUGUAUCAUCUCACACGAGCUCCAAAGAGCAAUUGAGUUGUGUGGGAUAAUUAGAAAGGAUUGUCAUAUAUCACAAGGAAUUAAGAAGAAUCAGUUUUGAGACUUUUGUUAGUCAGAGGGAAAAGUAGCUUGUGUCUUUGUUGUGUUUUUUUUCAGUACAAAAACUCUUUAUUACAAAUUACUGUCAUUUAUCUAGAAUACUGUUUUUUAUGUAGAGAACACUUCCAUCUAGUUUGCAGGUUAAAAUAAUAAUCGGUUUCAUUCACAGCAAUAAUUUAAAAAGGUCACGUAUUUUUCUAAAGAUGUGUUUAAUAUUAUAGUGGUAGACCCAUUUCUUUUUGCUUUGUAGCAUUUAGUACUUUUGUCAUUUUUUACAAAGAUGCUCAUAUUUGCACAAUUGAUACUGUCCAAAAUAAUCAUGACGGAAUUUGAUCAGUACUCAUUCUGACCAAUAGCAGAGUGCACAGUUGGCUGAAUGCAGAAAUGGGACAAACCAAAUAUUUCUGCACAAAUGGGUAUUCCUUUGAAAAAGUAGCAGGUGUUUCAUUCUUAAAUAUGUUAUAGCAUCUUUUUAACAAAGGCCUUCAAAACCCAGAGUCUCUCAUUACGUGCGAAUCAAAGUAUGUGGCUUAAUUUAGAAACAGGGAUCUGUGUGCGACAGAAUCUACAACCCAAAAUACAUCCCUGUCUGUUUAGUACAGCUGGAAGAUGUGGGUCACUCAGCCAAAUAGAAAAUAGCCUGUUUUACAAAGCUUUACAUCACAGGUUCAGUAGAGAAUGUGUUUUAUUCGUUCUCUUUUAAAAAUAACAAUGUUUGUUAUUCAUGGAAUUUUUUUCCUGUUUCGUGAAUGCUGAUUUUUAUAUUAUUUCUGAAAAACAGACACAUUUUAGAAAAAGUGUAAGAAACAAUAAAUUCAAUGAGAAAUGCUUCGACCAGAGGUCUUUUUCAAGGUCUUAAAAUGACACUUGGGUCCAAAAAAAAAAAUCAUUUUUAUUUGACAUAAACUAAAGUCACAAAUAAACUCAACAAGUUUUAAAUACUUCAUGUAUCACUUGGUAACAGGAAAAGAGAUUCUUGACUUUGGGAUCAAAGCCUUUGAAAGAAGUGUCCCCGUUAUUGCUGUAAAGACGGUUGCUUAGACAGAUGAGCUGCUAAAUAAAGUUGUUUAGGCGUUUAGCCCUCUGUAAAUUGUCUGGGAAUGGAACUCAUUUACCCUCAACCCAGCGCCUCUGCAAACCGAGACAUCUUUGAUUGGCCACUUGGAUCCAAAUAAAAACCACAGAUAAUAACAAUAACAGGGCAUCCCAAAACUACUGACUCGAGUAUACAGAGUGGGUGUGUGUGUGUGUGUGUGUGUGUGUGUGUGUGUGUGUGUGUGUGUGUGUACAGUUUCAGAUGGUAUUCUUCAUGUAGCCUUCAUUUUCACUCCUUUCUUGUGUAGCAUAUUCCUGGUCUAAUAAUGAUCUCAUUUUGCCCAAUCUAAUUUAGUGUUCUGUUUAUAUAUAACUAGCUCCUGUACUCAUUUUGUAAAGUUACUGUUUGUUUUCUUUGUCAAUAAAGUUUUUGUUUAUCUCA